AUGGUUACAUUUACGUCUCCUUCCGGGCCAGUACCCGCCAAAAACUCAUACCGGAAGGAGUUGGCAAGGUUGAGGCAAUCCAAGCCCCUCAGCAAGGUACUCGUUCAUGAGUGUGUCAAGAGUCUAUUGCCACAAGAGCCGGUGUAUAUCGUGGCUGUACGGUAUUGGUCUUCUCUUAAUCAGAAAGACCAAUCUUACCUCGCCAAGGCGUUAGGGCCCGACGAGGACUUCUUGUAUAUCGAUGAGCAUCUCAAUUUGGCCAUGGAGCGAACAGAAUCCGGUAGGAUCGAUUUCAAUUUCGAGGAGUUGGUUUCUGUGGGCGUGCUUAAACCUCUGAAUGCUCAUACAGACUCGAAUGACUCUAUGAGCUCGAAUGACUCUGCGAACUCGGACGACGCUGCGAACUCGGACGACUCUACUUCUGGUGAUGCGGCUGUUAAAGAAGCGUCUGGAGAAAUCCACUCCAACCUCUAUUAUCAUCACCCUUUUCAGUUCCCCCCCGGACCUCCUUCUUUUCACUUUCACCCCGGACCUCCAUCUUUUCAGUUUGCCCCCGGACCUCCUCCUUUGGGUACUAAUCUUGCCCCUCCACCUAUUUCUUGGGACGCUGCCCCUUCCCCUCCUUCAAGUAAUUCAGACCUCCCUGAGGCAAGUCCGGACAAGGCGCCUGCUGGCGGAAACUUUUUUGGACAAAAGAAGCAGGCGGCUCUUUGGAAGUCAAGUUCUAGCGUUAGUGCUGAAAACCCCGGUAAGACGGAAACUGUCGCAUCCUGA